UCAUCGUCCUCGAGCCCCCUCCCCCACCGUUCGGUCCUUGUACAGUUUUUUCCCCCAAAACUCGGCGGUGGUUCGUUGCUUAUCAUGGCGGCGGUGACGGAGGCUGUGGACAAGUCGGAUCAAGAAAGCGAAGCGGAGGAAGAUGUGUAUGAGGUGGAGAGGAUAGUGGACAUGAAGGUUUCUGAGGGUCAAGUCUUGUACAGAGUUCAUUGGAAAGGCUAUUCUUCUGAAGAUGAUACUUGGGAACCAGAGGCUCACCUGGAGGACUGCACAGAAGUGUUGCAAGUGUUUAAACGAAAAUUAACAGAAAAAUCACCUGUAAAUGAAAAUCGGAAGCUUACAUUAGACAAAGAUAUUUUUGAAGAUGAGUCUGCAGAUGAUUAUGGAGGCGUGAAAGAAACUUGCCCACAAAAGACUAAAAAAAAGAAAAAAUCUAAAACUGAACUGGACACGAAGCAUGACAGCCCUAAAAUAGAUAAAAAAGCUAAAUCCAGCAGGUCAAAUAAUGAAGAACUGAGAGACAACUUUUUAGAUAAUGUGAGAGAGACCCCUGAAGAUGGGAAGGUAAAGAAAAUGAAUUCAACUGAAUCUAAGAAAUGGAAAAAAAAACAUGAUGCACAGAAGUCUUUACUGGAGCCAGUCACGCAGGUUGACUUGCUAAUUGAAUCUGGUGAAAGCAAAGAGCAGAAAACUGUGGAUCCCAAUGAUCCAACAUUUGAGAAAACUAGGGGACUAACUACACAAGACACGAUUACAACACCAAAAAGAUCUCUGGAUAGCUCAGAUGAGGAUGACCUGGAGCUUAAGAUAAAGAAAAAGAAGAAGAAGAAGGACAAAGUAGACAAUUCCAAGCAAGAAAUGAAAUUCCAGAAGCAGAGAAAGAAUCUUAAAGAUGAUUGUUCGGAGAAGAAAAUUAUAAAUAAGGAGAAUAGCAGUCAUAGUAAAAAACAUAAGUUUCAAGAGAAGCGAAAGGAGUCUGUUUCAUCUGUGAAAUCAGAUGGAACUGAAAUUAAGGUUCCAAAGUUUCAAAUGGACGCCAAAGGCAGAAAGUCAAUAGAUAAUGAAAACAGUACUACUCCUAAACAAGAUUGUGUGAAAAAUGCAAUGAUAAAACUGAACAAAAUGUAUAAUGUGACUGACAGUUCUCCUCGGUGUGGUACUGAGAAGGUGACUCAAGGUUCUGAAUCUAGUGUAACAACUUCGGGACAGCCACCCCAAUUUGCUGAGCCUAGUCUCUUUGACAAAUUGGGAUUGGAUUCUGAAGUUAAUCGAGAAAAUAUGAAGACUGACAAAUCAAACUACUCUGCAACAACCACUGAGGAGAAGUUGGAAGCAAUUAAAGUUUCAAGCCAAUUUGUUUCCCGAGAGCAGUUGGGAAAGAAAGGUGAAGCACCCAAAGAAAUUUCUGAUAAAAAAAUGGAUAUUGACAAAGGGCGAAAGGAACAAAGUGUGAAUCAUCAUAACCGAGAGAUGAAAGGUCUUUUUGAUAAGUUCCUGAUUCCCUUCACUGAAGGAACGGAUGAUGAGGAUAGGGAGAAUAAAGACUCGGUUUCCCAAGGUUCUAAAUUUGAUGGGAACCGAACCAAAGGGAAGAAGCAGGUGCAAAAAGAUAAGAAAAGUACAAAAGAGGAGAAUGAUUGCAGAGUGCAGAAUGCAGUUGAAGAGACUCAAGAAGUUCUUGAUACCAUGUCUCAGACUGAGGAAAAUCCAGCUGAAAAACAGGAGAUGCUUAAAUUGGGUGUGGACCUCCAGCUUGAUUGGAUGACAUUGGAAGAUUUUCAAAAACACUUGGAUGGAAAUGAUGACUUGAUUUCUGUACCAAAAACAAUAUCCAAUAGUGUGUUGCGCGAUGCAGUAAAAAGUGGGAAAUAUUUAACCGUAAAACUGGCUCUAAAUUCAAGCGAAGAGUAUAAUCUAGAUCAAGAGGACCCUAGUGGAAUGAAUCUAGUCAUGUUUGCAGCUGCUGGAGGACAGGAUGAUAUCCUUAGGUUGCUUAUCAAGAAAGGUGCAAACAUCAGUUCUAGACAGAAGAAUGGUACAACAGCAUUGAUGCAUGCAGCUGAAAAGAAUUAUCUGACAACAGUUGCAAUUCUUCUGGAGGCAGGUUCCCAAGUCAAUGUUCAACAAAUCAGUGGAGAGACUGCAUUAAUGAAGGCUUGUAAGAGAGGAAAUGCUGACAUUGUAAGACUUCUGCUAGAAUAUGGUGCAGACUGUGGUAUCCUUUCUAAACACCAGAACAAUGCUCUAUACUAUGCUAAACAGAGCAAUAAUGUUCUAGUGUAUGAUCUCCUGAAGAAUCAUGUGGAAACUAUAUCCAGAGUAACAGAUGAAACAAUCAGAGAUUACUUUGAAGCACGUCUGUCAUUGCUUGAGCCUGUGUUUCCUGUUGCUUGUCACCGACUUUGUGAAGGACCAGACUUUGCUUUGGACUUCAACUAUAAACCUCAGCACAGUUCAGUUGAAGGAACUGGGAUUCUUCUCUUUAUCUUUCAUGCAAACUUUUAUAGCCAUGACCAUAUAGUGGCUAAACUCUGUGGAUCCUGCAGUGUUCAGGCUGUUAUUCUAAAUGAUAAGUUUCAACUCCCUGUAUUUUUGGAUAGUCAUUUUAUUUAUUCUUUUAGCCCAGUGCCUGGUGCCAAUAAGUUAUUCAUUAGACUUGCUGAAGCACCCACUGCUAAGGUAAAGCUGCUUAUUUGUGCAUACAGAGUCCAACUCCAGUGAACCAUAUGCCCACAUUGUAAUUAUUAUCUACAGGUAGAAAAACUACAGAGAUCUGAGCAUUUUUUUAUGUACGGUUCCUCCAGGACAGUUGGGAUUUUAUGCUGCAAUGUCUGAAAUGCUUAAAUGACAACUUCAGAAACGUAUUGCAUUUAAAGUUUUACAGACUGUAGUUAUAUUGUUUUUUAAAGUUGUCGUCUUGUAGGUAGCAGUCAAUUUAGUGUGAAGAGAUAACUGGUGCAGUGUCAUUCACCCAUGUAAAACCUGACUGUAUAUGGACUUUCCACAAUGUGGAAUGGAGUGGUUGUAUACUCCAGAUUGAAUAUUUACAAAAGGUACACAUGAACAAGUUCAUACUUUCUGGCAGGGUUCUGUCAAACUUUCCUAACUAAGUACUGAAACAGAUUGGAUAAUUAUUUUACUUGGCUCACACCACUUGCCACAGAGGGUGGGUGGAUGAUGUUUUGUAGCCUUCAUCACUUUGCUGAAGUACAGUGGGAACACUGGAAUAGGAUCAGGUUCUCCUUUCAGAGAAUCACACAUUUACCACAGUUCAUUUGUUCACUGGUGUGCCACCUUUUACAAGUUUGUUUCAAGUGAUUUUGUUUUUGUAUUUAUGAAUCUGUAUGGUGUAUCAUGGUGCAGAGCAGCAUUUUAAACUACGUAUUCUCGCAUUCCUAUUAGACAUCAAUGUACAACAGAGCCUAAUUUGAAAACAUUUCAUCUUGUGACCUGCAAAAUACCUAACACGUAAUUCAGUUCAAGCUGUAUGUGAAUGUUCUUGUUUUCCUGUUGGUUAGGAACCAGUUUUCCAUCUUUUUGUUCAUAUUUUAAUUCAUGUUGUAAACUCACUAGUAUUAUUAGAUUGGCUUUUGAUAAAAUCUGUUACAAUGGUUGUGUAUUUUUAUUUAAAAAGGGAAGCACUGUUAUAUGGUACAAGAAGUGUAAAAUAUUGCAUGUUUAAAAAAUGAACAUUUUACAUAACAUACGUCUCCAGAAUGUGCCUUGCUGUUCAUUAUGUUGUAUGUCAACAACCAAUGUGCCUAAACUAUAUUGCAAAUACUACCAAAAAAGUGACUUGAGGAAUGUGAUUGUUGAAAAAUUUUUGUGCUCAUGUAAAACCCAAAUUCUUUAAUUGAUCUUGUAAAUCUCAUGUAAAAUAUAAUUUCUAAUGUUUGAACUUUGGUAUUAAUCUGUUGAUACAAAAAACACCAGGAGUCUUCAUACCUGGUUAUAACUGGAUUGCUCGAAAGUGGAAAAUUAUACUGUUCUUCCAUACAAAUUUAAUAACUCAUUUCCCUCAUGUAGAAAAUUUAAGAUGCUGUGAAAAGGUUGAACAUUGUCAGGAGUAGGAGAAAACAAUCUUUUGGAAAUUGCAUCUUUACAACUUUAUUGCUCAUUAAUAUUUUGAAAAAUAAAGUCUCUCCUGUAUUUACGUAACUUAAGACAUUUAAAUGUAGUUAAAGAAAUAAAAAGCUUUGAUUUCCAGAAGCCCCAAAAAAAAAACCAGGAGCCAUUAACACGAAAAGCUGACAGAACAAAAUUAUACAUUGCAUUAUCCUCUUUUUCUCUCCAAUCAGUCCAAGGAUAGACGCCUUGAAGAUUUCCUUCUGUUAAUUUUUUUUCCCCCUCAGACUGGUAACUUGCAAUACCAAAGCUGUCUUUCAUGAUGCAAAUUUUCCACUCUCGUUUUAACACUCCAUUAACUUGAUCCUUCCAUUCGGAGCGUAAGAAUCCUGUUCCGAUGAAGUAAACCUGGAGACUUGCAACUUCUAGUUGCUCUCUCAUUCCUGGCCUGCCCCACCUAGUUCCUUGCAGUUUUCAGGAAUAUUGCCAAAAUCUUCAUCCUCUUUGAUAUUGAAAUCAUGUGGGCUUGUAUCCAGGUUAAAGGAAGUGAUCUUCCAUCCUUGAUGUCUGAAAGCUGUCACCUUGGAGCUAAGUGGGCAGUUUAAAACAACUUUGUUUAUAAUCUGUCAGUCAUUCUCACCAACUGUAAGUAAACAAAGAUUGCAGCCAUAGUACUAAUCACCUUCUUCCCAGUAAAACUAACAAUCUAACCACUCAGGUUUGUUGACUUGAGAAUUCAGAAUUGGUCAAGAGAUCCUAUUUUACUCUACGUACUUCCUUUUGCUAACUGAAAGUGCACUUUUCACAUAUGCAAGUUGAAAUGCAGCCACACUGUGAUAGAAAGAUUUCAUUUUGCUUAAUGUAAAAGCUGAAAUUUGAAACCCCAUCUGGUACAUAAUGUUUUACUUUGCAAAAUUCCUGUAUUCAGAUGAAAUAACUUUUAGAAUGAGUUAAAAUAAAACAAAUGGAAGCC